AUGAGCGGCCCCAGAAAGUACGGUAUCGACAGAGAAAUUGCUGCUAAGCUUGCAGCCAAGUACGACGUUGGACGUGAGGUCGAGGCUCGCGAGUGGAUUGAGACCGUCAUUGGCGAGAAGUUCCCCUUUCCAGAGUUCCAGCCCUCGCUGAAGGAUGGUGUCAUCCUCUGCAAACUUAUGAACGUCCUCAUCCCCGGUUUCGUUAAGGUCAAGGCCUCCAAAAUGCCUUUCAUUCAGAUGGAGAAUAUUGCCAAGUUCUUGCAGGGAUGCGAGAAGCUUGGAUGCCCCAAGCACGAUCUUUUCCAGACCAUCGAUUUGUACGAGAACAAGAACCCCGGCCAGGUUGUCGAUGCCAUCUUUUCCCUUUCGCGCCAUGCUGCCAAGGCAGGAGUGGAUAUUCCCAUUCUUGGACCCAAGUUGGCAGAUAAGCAUGAGGUUGAAUUUUCGGAGGAAGUCUUGAACGCAGGAAAGCAUAUUAUCAACACUUUCCAGUACGGCUACAGCGGCGGGGCAAAUCAGUCGGGAGUACGGAACGGUCGUCGCGAGAUCGGAGGCAUCGACCCCGGUCGUGGUCCCGUUGAGGCCUAA